AGUCACUUAAAAACGACCCCUUGCGCAAGUUUUCCCCAUUUUCCUCGGUGUUGCCAGUCAGUCCAAUAGCGGUGACAUGAAUCGACUUCAGUCAGCUCGUUCAUAUUUUGCAGCAAACCAGCGAUGCGACCCCCUGCGCAACAGGACUAUGCAUCUCGCCAAACAGAGGCACAGGCUCCCACCAAGGCAGACAACUUCCUCAACACGUGCGUCACCAUUGUGGCAGUGCUCAUCGUGGUCACGCUAAUCGUCAUGGGCUUCAUCCUGCUCAAGUGCUUCAGCAUACAGGAAGUCUGUAACAGGACAAUAACGGCCUACGGGGACAUGAACACGUCCCUGUCUUGCGAGAGCGACGAAUGCAAGGCAUACGCGUUGACGAUGCGCGCCUCCAAGCUGGACUUCCAGGAGGCCUGCGAGGACUUCUACGAGCACGUGUGCGGCGGCUGGACACGCACGGCCAAAGUGGCGCCGGACGAGGUCUUCAAGAGCGUCGCCAGGGACAUGCGACGAGCCGUUGAGGACCAGAUCUCCGAGAUACUGAACAACACCGUGAUAUCGUACCGAGACCAGACGGCGGCCCAGAAGGCUGCUGCGCUAUACCAAGGCUGCAUCAACAUAGACCUGCGCAACAGCAAGGGUACCAAGCCCCUGGAGGACUUGCUGGCGCGUUACGAGCUCGCACACUGGCCCAUUGUGAACCGGACGCAGCAGUUCCGCACCUUCCACUUGCUGGGCAACGCCAUCCGAGAGUUGCGCCUGGACGCGCUCAUCUCGGUCACCGCGCACCUCGACUACCACAACAGCGAGCGCUACAUCCUCUACAUCGGGCAGGCCUCGUUCGGCGUCGAGACCCUGGUGCUUCGAGGCCGCUACCGGACUCCCUUCUUCCGCAUCUUGCACCGGUACAAGCUGUACAUCUACCGCUGCGCCCUGCUGCUCGGCGCCAACGUGGCUGCCGCCGACAUCGUGAACGACAUCGUCAACUUCGAGGCAAAGCUCGCCUACAUCUCGGAGCCGCCCACCGCGAUCCGCAACCCGCAGAGCGUGUACAACCUGAUGUCACUCAAGAUGCUCGAAAGCGCCAUACCCGAGAUCCGCUGGGUGUAUUUCCUGAACAUCGUGCUGCGGGACGUGGGCGUGUCCCUCGACCUGGACGACCACGUGGUGGUGAUGCACCCACUCUACCUCAAGCGGCUUUCACGGCUCCUCAAGGAAGUGUCGAGGCGAGUUGCAUACACAUGA